AUGGAUAUCACAAAAGAGAGAGAAGAUAUGGAAGAGAUUAAUCAUUUUAGUCAUAAAAAGCAUCCAUUAAAGAUUGUCAACUCAGAGAUGAUUGCAAAUGCUACUUUAGAGAAUCAUGUAGGUGGUGUAAUAGGUUGCUAUGCAUGUCAAAAACCUAUAUCAUCAAGUGGCUUUGCAUAUGGUUGCAUCCAAUGUCGUCACUUUAUGCAUAAAGCAUGCGCACAACUUCCACUCACUAUCAACCUGCCUUCCUUAUAUGAGCAUCCUCUAACAAUAUUUGAUUUCGGAUCCAUAAAAGAUUUCAGAUCUUGGUUUUGUAAUGUUUGUUGUAGUGUAAACCAAUUUAAGGGGUUUUGUUAUAACUUUGGAAAACCUGAGUACAACAUUAACUUUAAUGCUUGCAUCGAGUGUUGCGUUGUUGAGAUUGCUCGCAAAGCGGAAGCUGAUGCUAUGAAGAAGGAGGCAGGGAUGAAGGUCGAACAUGAAGGCCAUCCACAACACACUUUAUCCCUUCAGUUAAGACCUGCUGCAAUCAGGUGUGAUGCUUGCAAAACUGAGGAUAAAGGCUUGUUCUAUAUUUGUGACAGUUGUGACUUUUGGAUCCACAAGACUUGUGCUUCCUUAGCCCCUACCAUCCAUCUACCUCAUCACCCUGAUCACCCACUCACUCUGGUCUAUUCUCUUCCAGAAAAAUUCUAUAAAUUCUCUUAUUAUUGUGAAUUUUGCAAGAUUUACAUCCGACGGAAUGAUUGGUUGUACCAUUGUGAAAACUGUAGAUAUUUUUGCCAUAUCAAAUGCGCCUUAAAUGCAGAGCUACCUUCUACUCCAAGAGAUGGUCCAAGUACUUCCAUUGCUGAUGAAGAGGUAGAUAAUUUGCUGCAAUUUCCCAUGUCAAAUGCAUUUACAGAUACACUGAAACUGCUACAUUCUGGAAUGAUAGCACCAGAUGAUGAUGAUGAUAAAAAGGGUAUGAUUAACCAUUGGAGUCAUCGUCAUCCAUUAAUCCUUAAUGUCAAAGAUCAAGCUGACAUGUCUGGCACUAGUAGUGAUCGAGUAGAGGUAUGUCAUGGAUGUGUACGACCCCUCUCCCUUCCGUACUAUAGUUGCAAAUUAGAUGGAUGCUCAUUCACUCUCCACAAAUAUUGUGCUGAAUUACCCCUCAAAUUACAUCAUCAACUUCAUCCAGCUCAUUUACAUGAAUUGACGUUGCAACAUCGGCCUUACUAUCAAUGCAAUGGUUGUUUUAGCCAUGGCAACAAUUUUUAUUACCAAUGUCAAACCUGCAAGUUCUACCUCUGUGUCAACUGUGCAUUUCUACCCAAAAGUAUCAAACAUAAAUCCCACAAGCAUCCUCUUAUCCAAGUUAUUGAUCCUGAACCUCUUUGUAGUGCAUGCAACAAAUGGUCUGAUAUUAUGAGCUAUGCUUGUAAGGCUUGUAACUUCAUAUUAAGCAAAGAAUGUGCAAUGAGGUUACCAAAUUCCAUUGCUCAUAGGUAUUGCAAAGGACAUGAAAUCCCAUUGAUGUAUCCUCCAAUCAUGGAUCAUCCUGAAGAUUUCUUUUGCGAUAUAUUAUAUUUCGAGAUCAACCGUUUUGAUGUUGAUGCUACAAAUAUACUCUAUUCAGGGGAUGCCAUGCCUUCUGUUGGAACCAUAGAGUUUAACAAAGUCAACUACUUAACUCGUGUGGGUCAAGCCAUAUAUGCAGAUACAAUCCCAAUAUGGGACAAAAAAUCCGGUAAAGUUUCCGAUUUCACCACUCACUUCACCUUCAUCAUCGACACACAACUUCAAUCCACCUAUGGUCAUGGCCUCACUUUCUUUCUAGCCCCAGUUGGCUUCCAAAUCCCACCCAAUUCAGCUGGUGGCUUUUUAGGUCUAUUCAACACAACUUACACCGAUUCAUCCAGAAACCAAAUGAUUGUCAUCGAGUUUGAUUCAUUCGUGAAUUCAGAAUGGGAUCCUCCAUAUGAACAUGUGGGUAUCAAUAAGAACUCGAUUCAUUCGGUUAAUUACACUUCUUGGAAUGCUAGUUUACACAGUGGAGACCCUGCGGAUUGCUCGGUUUCUUACAGCGCUACCACUCAGAUUCUAAAUCUGUCAUGGAGCUAUGGUGCUGGAAAUGAUUCUAGAGAGAAUACCAGUCUUUCGUAUCAAGUUGACCUCCGGGAAGUUCUUCCUGAGUGGGUGACAGUUGGGUUUUCGGCUGCCACUGGUGCCAAUGUGGAGAGACAUAUCCUUCAAUACUGGGAGUUCAAUUCAAGCUUGAAUAUUGUAAAGAAGAGUAAAGAUAAUUCAACGGAAACAAAACUAGCAGUGGGAUUAAUAGUCCCCCUUGGUGUUCUAGUUUUAGGAGGCAUAGUUGCAUUUGGUGUAUUUUUAAGGAGAAAAAGAAAACCUAAACAGAAAUCAUCGGAAACAGUCACCUUGACAUCGAUAAACGAUGAUUUGGAAAGAGGAGCAGGACCAAAAAGAUUUUCUUAUGGGGAUCUUGUUUCAGCUACCAACAAUUUCUCCGGUGACCGGAAGUUGGGGGAGGGAGGAUUUGGGUGUGUCUACAAGGGCUACUUAGCACGCGAAGGCAUGGCUGUUGCUGUUAAGAAAAUUUCACAGGGUUCUAAACAGGGGAAGAAAGAGUAUAUAACCGAAGUAAAGAUUAUUAGCAGUUUAAGGCAUCGAAACCUGGUGCAACUCAUCGGUUGGUGCCAUGAUCAAACUCAAUUCUUGCUGGUGUACGAGUUUAUGCCAAAUGGCAGCCUUGAUUCUCACCUUUUUGGCAAAAAGAGCUGUCUCGAGUGGGGUUUGAGAUACAAGAUCGUUACUGGUUUAGCUUCUGCGUUGCUUUAUCUCCAUGAAGAAUGGGAACAAUGCGUGGUUCACCGAGAUAUCAAAACAAGCAACAUCAUGCUUGAUUCGGGAUUCAACGUGAAGCUCGGAGACUUUGGAUUGGCUCGACUCAUGGACCAUGAGUUGGGUCCACAGACAACUGGGUUAGCCGGAACUCUGGGGUACUUGGCUCCUGAGUAUGUAACGACAGGGAAGGCCAGCAAAGAGUCGGAUGUUUACAGCUUCGGGGUGGUUGCAUUAGAGAUUGCUUGUGGGAGAAAGGCGAUGGAUAGCGUUGACCCAAAUUCUGAUCUAGGGUUAGUGCAGUGGGUUUGGGAUUUGCUAGAAAAAGGGGAGCUUCUUUCAGGGGUGGACCAGAAGCUGAACAAGGAAUUCGAUGGGAAACAAGUGGAGUGUUUGAUGACGGUGGGGUUAUGGUGCGCUCACCCCGACCGGAGUCUGAGACCGUCGAUCAGACAAGCGAUUCAGGUGCUUAAGUUCGAGGGUGCGGCCCCAAAUCUUCCAAAGAAGAUGCCGGUGGCCAUGUACUACGCAGCACCAGAUGUGCCUGAGCUCAGUUCUGGUUCUGGAGGUGCCUCGUUGACUUACACUAGCAUUGAUCUCGUGCGUUGA